UCCAACUCAACCUAUUUUACUUCAUCGAUCAACAUUCACGAUGCCGACACUGACACUGCCGACGCUGAUUUCUCCCGUGAAAUAGAUGCUUGCUCUGCUUCUAUAAUUCAUCCAAAAGUGUCCUUCUCAUACUGAAUUUGGAAACCAUGGAUCGCUCAUGGAUGGAUAAACCAGAUAAGUUGUCAGUAGAGUAUGCAAAUGGUAUCAAUGAAUUCAUUACUGUGGCACAGAAUUGUGUUGACUCCGGAGGGAAGGUAUUAUGUCCUUGUUGUCGAUGUGUGAAUAAAGAAUCACAAAAACUCAACGUGAUUAAGUUACACUUGCUCACGUCUGGUUUUCAGAAUACUUACAAGAUCUGGUAUUAUCAUGGGGAGCAAAGAGAUAAUAUGGAAGAAGAUGAUUUAGUUGCAGGUGAGGAUGUGUCAGGUGAACAAGAUGAUUUGGCUACAGGUCUUAAUGAUGCCCUAAAAGUGAGCACAGAACAAUAUUGCUCGAGGGAGGCCUGCCAUAUUCAGCCACUGAAGUUAGACAAAGAGAAGAAUUCCCAUCAUGGUUUAAGAAAAAGAUAUCCCAAAUGCAAGUCCAAAACUCAACUAGUAUCAAUGAGGAUUUGUACUCUUUAUCUCAAGGUCCACUAGAACGAUAUCAUAGUUAUACAAGUUGUGUGGUAAAUGGUGUUCGAUUUCGUUGCAAAGAGCAUGAUGAUACUCUUAAAACACAAUGUUCUGGAGUUUGCACUGAA